AUGACCGUGAGCCCGUGGGCCGUGACUAAUUCGCCUCGCACCGAUGGGCGAUGGCGACUGGCGAUGGAUAAAUGGCCACGAGAGAGUGGCGAGUGGCGGCGGGCCGUUGGCGAUGGCAAUGAGACGACGGACAUGGGGGAUAGCGAUAGGCGAUGGGCGAUGGCGAUGGGAGUUUGCGACGCCGGAGAUGGUGAUGGGCGGCCUAGCUUCCUCAGUUUCAUUUCAUCCAUAAUCAUGGCAGCAUCAUGGCCUUUGUUUUUUGCCUCUGUCCUAGCUUUCCUCACAGGAUGUUCGAACGCUGCAAAUUUCACAUUGCAAAACAGAUGCAGCCAAACCAUAUGGCCCGGAAUCCUGACCGGCGCCGGAAAACCUCCGCUCAUGAACGGCGGGCUGGAGCUGAAGCCGGGCCAAUCAGCCAAUUUCGUGGGCCCAACUGGGUGGUCGGGCCGCUUCUGGGCCCGAACGGGCUGCAGCUUCGACAAUUCGGGCCAAAAGGGGAAUUGCACCACCGGGGACUGUGGGGGCCGCCUCGAGUGCGACGGCAACGGCGGAGCUCCUCCGGUGUCCCUGGCGGAGUUCACACUUGACAGCCCACUGGACUUUUAUGACGUCAGCCUUGUUGACGGGUUCAAUUUGCCCCUUUCCAUAGUGCCAUCUGGCGGGUCGGGCAAUUGCUCCGCGGUCAACUGUAGGUCAAACUUGAACCCCGAUUGCCCCGAAAAUUUGCGGGAAAACAGUGGCGGGAAAGUGGUGGCGUGUAAAAGCGCGUGCUUGGCUUUUGGGGAGGAUCAGUAUUGUUGCGCGGGAGAGUACAACAAUCCAAACGUGUGUAAGCCGAGCAAUUAUUCGGUGUAUUUCAAGAAGGCUUGCCCCACGGCUUACAGCUACCCUUACGAUGACGCCACCAGUACUUUUACGUGCCAGGGGGCUAAUUAUUCUAUCAUCUUUUGUUGAUUAUUACCUUAAUUUUUAUCUAAUUUCGAACCUAAAAGAAUUUUACAUAUCGUCGCAAUAUAUGAAAAUAAAAUUAAAGAAACCAGCUGCUUAUGAUUUAUUGUCAUAAAAUUCCACGUUAAUAUAAAGUUCAACGUCAAAGCAUCUCCAAUUAUUCAAUUUAUAUGUGAAAUAUA